AGGCAGAGUCUGUGAAACUGGCCUCGCGUGCAGCCUGUCGCUCUCCAGGUUCCCCGGGCGCGCGGCUAUGGUGUCGGGCUGAGCCGUCCCCGGGGCGGAGGAGCUGAGCUGCGGAAUGGAGGGGCCGCUGGAGCCGAGCUCCGAGACGAUCCUGCGCUUUCUCGCCGAGCGCGGGGGCCGGGCCCGGCACUCGGAAUUGGUGCAACACUUCAGGGACGCCCUGGGCGGCCAGCGCGAGCAGCGCGCCCGCGCCCGCGAACACUUCAAGGAACUGGUCAACGCGGUGGCCACCGUGCGCACCGACCCCGCGGAUGGUACCAAGUAUGUGCAUCUCAAGAAGAGGUUCUGGACAGGGGGAUCCCCUCCGCUGGAGGCCUCGAUCCCCCUGGACCUACCGCGUAUCGAGGUGACUGAGGAGCCUCCAGUCCCGGACCUUCCAGCCGAGCCCUGCGAGGGCAGCCAGCUCCAGGAGGGGGCAGAUCCACAGUUGUCUCUCGGGCUGAGUGGCGAAGCGAGCGACCCGGAGCCUCCGAUCCCUGCUCAAAGUGGGGCCCAGGGUAAGAACUCGCCACAGGAGGGCCAGGCGGAGGCCUGGGCUUCAGUCCCCGGGCCCAGCGAGAACCUGAAACUCCCAUCACACGGCGGUGAGGAGGUUGAAGGGGGCAGUUCCCCCGGUGGGCCGAAUACGCCGAGGUCGGCUCGUCAGAACUUUCGGGACCUGGUGAUGGGCAGCUCCCCUCAACUCAAGAGGAGCGCGUGCCCGGGGGACGGUAGCUCUGGGAGCAUCUCCGGAGGGGGUCGCGGCCGAGGAGGGGGCGACUCCGAUAGCGCAUCAUUGGCUUCGUCAUCCGCAGAAGAGGAGAGCAGCGGUGGGGGCGCGGUUACUCUGGAUCCCCUGGAGCACGCCUGGAUGCUCUCGGCUUCGGAGGGCAAGUGGGACAGCCUAGAAGGGCUGCUCACUUGUGAGCCCGGCCUGCUAUCGAAGCGAGACUUCAUCACCGGCUUCACCUGUCUCCACUGGGCCGCCAAGCACGGCAGGCAGGAGGUCCUGGCUAUGUUGGUCAACUUUGCCAGCAAACACCAGCUGCCAGUGAACAUCAACGCCAGGUCGAGCGGAGGCUACACUGCCCUCCAUUUGGCGGCCAUGCAUGGGCAUGUAGAGGUGGUGAAAUUAUUAGUGGGGGCCUACGACGCAGAUGUGGACAUCAGGGACUACAGCGGGAGAAAGGCCUCUCAGUACCUGAGUGAGAGCAUCGCAGAGGAGAUCAAGAACCUGGUGGGAGCCAUGGACGAAGAUGAUGGGGACAGUACCACCGGCCGCGGGAGUGGGCGCUGGAGACUUUCGAAGGUGCUCCCGUCGCACCUCAUCACUUACAAACUCUCGCAGGGCGUGGAAGAUGGAACUGAACAUCACCAUCACCACCACCACCACCACCACGUCGCCGAAGGAUGGCCCGCAAGCAAAGCAAAAGAUUCAGGUCGCAAAGCCUUGGGCAGCUCCAGUGGACGGAUAAAACCACGACUCAACAAAAUCCGAUUCCGAACCCAGAUCAUUCACACCACACCCUCAUUCAAGGAUACGGAACAGCCCCUGGAGGAAGGGGAAGAGGAGGAAGAGGAAAGGUCUCUUAAAGGCUACUCAUCUUCCUUCAAACUGAGACCGAAGUCCAAUGUAUUUGGGUAAAAAAAUAAUCCGUGCUAGAAAUGCUAAGGUUUAGCUGUCUUCAAGGUAGAAUAAUACUGGCUGUGGAUAAGAAAGUGGAACCAGAAAAGACAGGAUAAAAUUACGAAUUUUAACUUGUGAGCUUGGGGUGGAUCCGUAGUAAUCCUUUCAGGAUAGCCAUUCUGGGGCAGGAGAAUGUCUUAAAUGAUUCAUAAUCCAUUGAUUUGUGCCUCUUCCCCCACCCCACCCUUGUAACCUGGAACGUGUGAGAACUGGAAUGGAUUGAUGACUAAGAGCUGCUUUGCUUUAACCAUUACUAGAUACCAUGCACAGUAAGGACUGUCACACUUUCACGUCUGUUUUUCCAAGUCACUCUUAGGACAUCAGAAAAUGCAAACUCUAUGCUAAUGGAAACUGAGCCUAGUCAUGUUUGUCAGUGAACCAAACUACAGGCUGCCCUGAUUUCUGACUGUUCAGUUCGCACUUGCUCCUUAAGGUGCUAACGAAGGUCCAGGUCAGAGUUGAAAUGUGAAACUGCAAAUGAGAAUUAACGUGAGUCGAGCUGGGAACCCUGUUGGUAUCUUACUUAUAUUGUAAGCAGCAGUUCCCAUUUUUCAAAAGGAAUUUCAGUUUUAAUCACUGAACUAAAGAAAUAAGCAGCAUUUGCUUUUGAGUUAUUGUAAUAUGGUUUGUGCCCAUAUAACACUAUUCAGUAUACGGUACAUGAUUAAUCACAAAUUUUUAUUUAAAUAGAACACUUAGCAGCCUAUGGUACUUUUUUUAAUGUGUGUCUUGAUGAGCACUAACUUGUUUUGCUACUCUGAAAUUCUCACCUUUCUGGGGUUUGUACUCUGGUGAUUCUUUUUGAUGAAAUUUACGGUACUUAGACUGAUUUACAUAUUACUUAACAAAUCUUUUCUUGUUUAGAAAAUAGCAGAAAUCAGUAUAAGUAUUAAUAAGCCUAUGCUUCUGUGAAGUAGUUAUUAAAUCAACUUAAUAUGGUUCUCAUAGAAGAGAUAUUUAAUUUUAUUAAUACAUUCACAGUCUAUGCUUCAUAGCAACAUUUUACAAAUGUUCAAAAUCUUUCACUUUUCUUACAUUUCUUCAUAUCUACUCAAAGAGCUGUCUGUGGUGUAGUUACUGAAAAGCUAGAUAGUUUGCCCAUUUAAAAAUGGGCAGAUUUAUUAUACCUUAUAAAAGGAAAAAGAAACGGAACCAUUUGUGUAUUUCAAUGCUGCUAGCCAUUGCAUUUCCUUAUAUAUAAAUGGAAAAAUACUGUUCCUUAAAAUUAAAGACUUUUAUAACUGUGAUCCUUAAUUACAUUCCAUUCAUUUGUAUUUGAGUAAAUGGCUUUAUAAUCACUUUAAAAUUUAACUCACAAACGUAUUAAGUCUUGUAACAGGAUUAGAAACUUCUGUAGGAGACUGAUUUGACCAAAUCCUCUCUUCGUCUUUCUGGUCUGAUUGCUGAAACCUAAGUUGUUAGAGCCCUACAAGAUAGAGGUGGGAGUGAACAGCCCAGCCCAAGAGUGAGGAGACUGCAUGGUUGUACAGAGCUGCAACAUUUUGUUAACUUUCCCAAGUCAUAGACAUUUCCAACAGAUUUGUCACAUCUCUCUCAAGAUAGCAGGUAAAAUUGUUUAAAUAUACUCAUAUGAAAUACAUUAGUUGUGGCUAAGGAGAUGACUCAGUGGGUAUGAGCACUUGUUCUGUAAGCAUGAGGACCUGUGUUUGAAUCCCCAGCACCCAUACAAAAGGCUAAGCCUUUAUAUGAGGAUGCCUGUAACCCAGCACUGGGAGGUGAGACAGGCAGAUUCCCAGAGCCCAGGGGCCGGCCAGCCUGCUUCAAACAGUGACUUCCAGUUCAGGGAGAGACUGUCUCAAGGCUAUAAGGAAGACAUAGAGGAAAUCACCUGACAUUCAACUCAGGCCUCAGAAUAAGCACACACGGGUGCUCCCAAACAUUCUCGUGCCUACACUACACACACACACAUAAGUUGUUAUCCUCUUAUGUGCCUUUAUCUUUGUUUUAGGAUUUAAGAAGUAGAUUGUGUACAUUGAUAAGCACUUUUUCUGUAUAUAAGUGAAAAGCCAAUGUAAAAAGCAAUCAUGUGUUCCAUGUAUAGACAUUAACUAUAUCUAGUGCAGAAUAAACUUACAAUUCCCAUCAAGGACUUUUAAAUUCCAUUUAAGAUAAGGCAACUAUACAAGUAGAUGUUUCAGAACCACAUAAAGGUUCUAGUAAACAGUCAUUUUUUAAUCCCUUCACAUGUAUGUUAGUAAUUAAUUGAAUAAAAUCUAUAAUUUUCUAGAUUUUUAGAUACCAAGUUAAUACAUCAUUUAACUUUCUCUUUACACUAAAGGUUUAAAACUCUGAUAAAACAUUUAAAUUGAGUCAUUCCUGGGCUGACCAGACAGCUAGGCAGAUAAAAGUGAUUGUCUUACAAGCCUGAAGAACUGAGUUUGACCCUAGAACCCACGGUGGAAGGAGAGCUAACUCCUGAAAGCUGUCCUGUGACCUCCACAUGUGUGCCACGGCAUACGCAUUCCUGUACUCACAUGCGUAUACACACAAAUGCAAAAUUAAUAAAUUCAAUUUUAAAAAACCAAAAAGAGGGAACUCCUAGCAUUCCUUGUCAUAAUGCACUUUGUACAGUAAGUAUAACAUUUCAAGCUACUUAACUCCAUUCCUCUUACUUUUCAAUUUCCAAAUCAAGAGUAGAAAAAAUGAUUUGUAUAAUUUGAUAAUCAUGAAGUCGUAUCUCCCAGUAGUGGCAAUAUAUCAAAUACAGGCAUCUAUUAACAAGAGACUGUAUAGUUUAAAUGCGAGUUUGUUCACGUGUCCUUCAGGUACGCUUGUAACUGAAUGUCAGUUGGCUUUUAUGGUAUGUAAAAUGCAGUAAACUGUGGUACUAGUUUAUUCACACCUGAAAUAUUGGAAUAUGAUGUUUGUCUUUUGCUUUUUAAGUAAGUCAAAGUUUGUGAAUUUAAGAAUCGGUAAAUUUUGUCAAAAUAAAAUGUUCAUGGUAGAAAUCAAA